AUGCAAAAAGGUUUAUCUUUUUUUUCGAAUGAAAUAUGCUACUGCAAAAUAAAAGGUUUUUCGAGCUUUUUUGUCAUCCAAUGUAAUAAAAUAUUAACUUGGGACAGUAAAAAAAAGUUCGGAACAUAUGGAGCAGUAACAAGAAAAAGGCAAAAGCAGCGGGAUAAGUUUUAUGAAGAAAGAUAUAAACACAACCCGAAUAUUAUACCAAAAUAUUCGAAGAUUAAAAGAGGAAGUAGGGGUGGGUGGAUCAAUAACCCCUUAAAGGAGGUAACAAAAAAUAGUGGAAGUAAUUUUAUGUAUGAAGAAAAGAUAAAAGAAGAAGUGAGCGCAGAAGAAAGGGAUUGUAUAAAUCAACUUAUAAAAAUAAGAAAAGAGUUUACUAGUGGCGGAAAUUUGCGCAUAGGGAAUUAUAGUGAUAACAACAGUAGGAGUAGUGAUAGAAGUAGCGGCAGUAGUAGUAAUGAUUACUGUGGUGUAACGGAUGUGGAGGGGAUACCUCGAAAUGUCAGAAGUAACGACGACUCUUUCAGUGAAAACAUAUCACCCAGUUUUAACCUCUUUUCAAUAUGUGAAGGUUUCAUUGAUAAAAAAAAAGAAAUAAUUCAUAAGAUUGAACACCCAGAACAUUUUGUCAAUACGCAUAUAAAUUAUUUGGCAAAUGAGUAUAAUAACAUAAACAGCGUGCAUGAAAACGAUAACUUGAAUAGCUACCCGAAGGCUCCUGCUUAUUUAAAAGGUCAGCAUAAAAGGAAGAAAAAAGCCGAAAAAGGUGCCACCUUUAAUAAUGACAGCAGAAUGGGGAAAAUGAGUCAAUUGAGUCAGAUGGAAGGAAUAAAUGAAGAAGACGAACUUUUUUGGAAUAGUCAAUUUCCAGGGGUGUGUAUUAACAAUUCUGCAUAUAGAGAUGUAACCUCCGAUGCACUGGAUGAAAAGACGAACAAUAACAUACAAAGUAGUUCAAACAAAACGAGGAAUACUUCAAGUGCUACGGAGAAAAGAUACAAUGAAUGUAUUGAAAACAAUAGAGCAAAAAAAGAGGCACGCGAGAACAAAACGAUGCCCACAUUUGACACAAUUGUAAAACACAAUGACUUCAAUCAUGUGAAGGAAAAUAUGGAAGAGAACACAAUGGAAUGUGAUAUGAAAAAAGUACACAUUGAAGACAUUUUUAACUAUGCAAAUGAUGAAGAUGAUUUGGACAUUAGUUGUUUAGACGUGUUCAGCACAUUAAACACUGUAGACAGGAAUAGAAGACUGGGUUCAUUUUUUUGUAAUAAGAAUGCAUGUUUCAUUUUAUAUAAUAAUUGUAUUGUGCCUUCAAAAUUUGGUGACGGAACAAUAAGCGAAUAUUUUCAUACUAGAUAUAAUUGUAGCUUAUUUGAUAAAUCAUAUCAACUUAUAAUAAAGUUAACAGGUAAUGACUGUUUUUACAUAUGCAAUCAUUUCAUUUCUUGCGAUAUAAUAAAAGAUAUGAAAAAAGACGAUGUUUGUUACACAUGUAUAUUAGACAAUAAAGCGUAUAUUAUAGAUAUAGGCUAUGUACUAAAAGGGGAAAAUGAAAUAACAUUAAUUACAUCUGGGUAUUAUAAAAAAGGGGUAUACGAAUUUUUAAGUGAUUAUAUUUUAUUUUGUAAAGAUAGUGGCUUGGAUAUACAUAUAGAAGUAUAUAAUAAUAAAAGAGUAUUAUCUUUGCAAGGUCCCUUAGCUACUCUAGUUUUCAAUGACGUUUUAGAAUAUUAUGAUUGGAAUAAUAGAGACAAAAUUUUGGCAUACCUAAAAAAUGUUAUUAUAAUGAAUAGAAGUAACAAAUAUAAUAAUAUCCUUUACUUUAAUAGGGAACAGAAUGAAACUGAAUUUUUUAAAAUUCCAUAUAUGAGUUUUAAAAAAUUUAAAGUAAGGAAAAAUAAUAAUCUUAUAGUGAAUAAUGCUACAUGCAAUCCAAAUGAUGAUGGUCUUAUUAACAACUACGAAAUUAUUUGUAUUAGAACAGGCGAUACAGGAGAAGACGGAUAUGAAUUUAUUGUAGAUAAUAAUAUAAGUGAUAUCUAUGUACAGUUGUUUUUAAAUCAUACAAAGGUAAAAUUAGCUGGUGCAUAUGCUUUAGAUAUAUUAAGGAUGGAAUCCGGUUUUCCCUUAUAUGGAAUCGAUAUUUUUAAAAAUACUACUCCUAUUACUGCCUCCUUAGCAUGGACAUUAAAAUAUAAAAAAUUAAAAGAACGAAACAUUUUUGGGUUUCAAAAUUUAUUGAAAGAGUACAGUAGGAAAUCAAAAUUUUUACGAGUUGGUAUUAUAUCGAACGAAUUAAUUUUUAAAACAUGCAAAAUAUUUUCUUAUCCAUAUAAAGAACCGAUUGGUCAUAUUACCUCUUGCACUUGGAGCCCAGUAUAUAAAAAACGAAUAGCUCAGGGAUAUAUUAAAAGAGAGUUUGCAAAAAACAACGAAAAAAUUCUUAUUUCUAUACCUACUGACAUUCCUCAAGAAUUUUCGAAAAAGAAAAAAUAUAAAAUACUAAGAAGUAGAUCUGCGCAUAAAUUUGCACUUGCCCAAGUUUGCGCACUUCCAUUUGUUGACCACAAAUAUUGA